AUGUUAGCAAAUAUUUUAAUUUUUAUUUGUUUAUUUUACUGUCAUCAUGUUAAUACGUCUAGCAUAUAUAAUAUUGGACAAGAUAAAAGAGAAUUAGGAAUGCGAUUUAAACAAGCUAUUACUGAUGCUAUGAAAAAAAUUGAUGAUCUUGCUAGUACUUGUCCACCUGGCAGUUUUUUUUAUAAUGGUUCUUGUUAUUUCUAUUUACCACCAAAACAAAUAGACGACUGGAAAGGAAUUGGAUUUACUGAUAUAUCGAUUGAUGAAGGUACAGAAUUUUUGUAA